AUGGGGAAACAGAACAGUAAGCUGCGGCCGGAGAUUCUGCAGGACCUGCGCGAGAACACAGAGUUCUCCGACCACGAGCUGCAGGAGUGGUACAAAGGUUUCUUGAAAGACUGCCCCAGUGGGACCUUGAACGUGGAGGAGUUUAAAAAGAUCUACGCUAACUUCUUCCCCUACGGCGACGCCUCCAAGUUCGCCGAGCACGUGUUCCGUACCUUUGACACCAACGCUGACGGCACGAUAGACUUCAGGGAGUUCAUCAUCGCCCUCAGCGUCACGUCUCGGGGAAAACUGGAGCAGAAACUCAAGUGGGCCUUCAGUAUGUACGACCUGGACGGCAACGGGUACAUCAGCCGCGACGAGAUGCUGGAGAUUGUACAGGCCAUUUACAAGAUGGUGUCCUCUGUGAUGAAGAUGCCUGAAGACGAGUCCACGCCGGAGAAGAGAACGGACAAGAUCUUCAGACAAAUGGAUCUCAAUAAUGAUGGAAAACUGUCCUUGGAGGAGUUCAUCAAAGGUGCCAAAAGCGACCCGUCCAUCGUGCGGCUACUGCAGUGUGACCCCAGCUCCGCCUCCCAGUUCUGA